GAAACUUGAACAGUCGAACCGGUAUAACGACAAUAUUCAGUCGUGUGACAACGGUUUUGUUGAUGACAUAUAUCGCCUUUGAAACCUUGAUUUACAUUACACCCGACCACAGUAUAUUAGGUCAUUUAUUUUUCUUACAUGAUGAAUACGAAGCAUCUGAGCACGGGCUCGACCCCCCCUCCUCUCGUACCGGGCAAACUUCGGCUUUACAGCAUGCGAUUUUGUCCUUAUGCGCAGCGAGUCCAUCUCGUCCUUGAUGCCAAAAAAAUACCGUACGAUGUCGUUUUCGUGAAUCUAACCAACAAGCCUGAAUGGCUCCAGGAUAAAAGUCCUCGAGGCAAAGUUCCCUGCAUCGAAUUUGAGAACGGCGAUGUACUUUACGAGAGCCUCAUUAUUACGGACUAUCUGAACGAAGCUCACCCACAUAAUAAUCUUUAUCCCGAUGAUCCACUGUUAAAAGCAAAGGACAAACUUUUCAUUGAGAUUUUCAAUACAGUUAUCACCACAAUGUACAAGUUAUUCACUUCUCCUGACGCCAAUCGUGAACUUUUUGAAGAAGCUCUAGCUGGUCUGAAAAUAUUUGAAAAAGAAUUGGCCCUGCGAGGAACAGCAUAUUUUGGGGGUGGUAAACCUGGGAUGCUUGAUUUGAUGAUUUGGCCUUGGUGCGAACGAGCUGAUAUUGUGAAGAUCCUCCGGGGUGAUAAAUAUGCCAUUACACGUGAUACUCUUCCAAGAUUGCUGGAAUGGAGAUCGGCAAUGAGGGAAGACCCAGGGGUAAGAGUGAGCUGUCUGGAUGCAGAGGUUCACGCCAAGUACAUGAAAAGCCGCAUGGCCGGUACACCAGAGUAUGAUUUAUUGGCGGUGUAAAAUUUUUUCUCAAUGAAACAAUCAUCCUAUUCUAUAGUUAGAUAUUUUUCAUUACCAAUAAGAAGUUUUUUAUGAUGAAUGUUGCAAUGAUAAAAAUGCAAGAUAAAAAUGUAAAAUGAUAAAAAUCUCAAGGAAGUUCAGAGUUUAAAUAAACAAUUUGUGCUGGU